AUGAGAAUUGUCAUAUCAACCGUUUUCGUCAUUCUUCUCGUUUCGAUAGCCCAGGCUGGCAUCUUUACUACUUCUCCCAUCAGUUCUACGACUUGGAAAGCCGAAACACCGCAAACAAUUACUUGGAUAAAUGCUAAAGACCCACCACUCGCACAACUUACAAAUGUCAAAAUCGAGCUUAUGACUGGUCCCGAAGAAAAAAACAUCCCUCUAUUGACGAUUGGCGAGGGUGUUAAAGGCACUGCUUUGAAAUUCGUCUUCCAAAAGGGUGUACCUAAGAAUCUCGGACCAUCUGGUCAAUUUUACUUCCUCAAGUACACGGAUGGAGAUUUCAUUGGAUUUUCCGCACGUUUCACUAUUACUGGAAUUGAUGGUACGAUCGCUGGCUUUGAUCCCAAUAAUCCCAACGCCAAUAACUCAACUGCUGGAAACAGUACUACUGCAGACCCAUAUGGGAACAGUGGUUCAACUGGGGGUUCAACUGGAGGUUCAACUGGAGACUCAUCCGGAGGCUCAUCCGGAGGCUCAUCUGGAGGCUCAUCUGGAGGCUCAACAACUUCAACCAACUCUCCAACGGCAACUGGCACCAGUUCAGGAUCCAAGCCGAAUAAUACAAACAAGGCAGCUGCCGGCAGCAGUGCAAGUAGUUUGAGCACCGUUCAUGUUGCUACUUUCGUAAUUGCACUAGUUGGAAUGGUCAUAUCCAACUGGAUGUAA